AUGGCCCAAACCAUUCGCGCAGAGGAUUUGCUGCUGCGGAAUAAAGGAGCGAUUGAUCCAUUCAAUCGAUUAGGAUGUAAUAUCGAUCCGGUUGUAGUCGUGGUCGAGUUUUGUCAGGUACAAGGACCUCGCCCACUUGCUACGGUCGGCCUGAAGACAAAAAUCCCUACUUCUGUUGAUAUCGACAAUUUAUCGGUAUGGCUGAUGAGCUCUGAAGCAGCGAGCGGGACACUCUUAGUUAUAUACAAUCAGCAAACGGGAAUUUAUGCCAUGUCUUACUAUACAACUAUAUACGACAUAAGAGCGAGGGCCUUUCAGCGUCCAUUGUGCGUUGCUGUUCUGAGCUCAGAACGUCCCACUUCAAGUCGAUUGUCGCAUUUUUCAAACGGAGUACGUAGCCUGGUGUCGCCUUUGAUCAAAUGUAAUCGUCGAUAUUUCAUGAGACAACUCAGUGAUAUCAUCAAGAUCUCUGAUGCAGUUGGUAUGUCCAUAGCGUUUAUUCAAAACCCCUUUCUGUUUGUUUUUUUUNUUUUUUUGAGACGUGAACUUUUUCUAGAUAUGGACUGUAGUGGCCACACCGGUGAAGAUCGCGCUGCGGCUGAGGAGAUGUUUAUGUCCUUCAUGCAGACCUCAGCCCUGUGUCCAGUUUCGGAAUUAACACCUUGCGUAAGUAUGAAUCUCUCAUGGUAUGACAAUCUACAGCUGGAGCGCUUUCGUGAGAAGAAGUUCAAUCAAUCGCCUCGGAACGGAUUUAAGCUUUUGUUCCCUGUGCUUGCUGGCGACGACAUGGUGGUCUGUGGCUCUGUCCAGAGAAAGCACACCGUUAUCGAUCUUGGGAAGUUUCCGAGUAUUUUUCGAAUGCCGGAACUUUAUGAAAAAACCAGCCGGCCCAAGGGGGUGGUUGGUGUCUGUUACGAACGAGGAGAAUCAGCUGCAUUGAACCUACGUGAUACCGCAAUUCUCGACACCAAUGCAAGCGUGUUACGCACGGUUCCUUAUCGUGGUGUAUUACUUUCUCAUCUGAAAAAUAAAAGACGAUUCCCUUCUGAUGCAACUCUGAUUGCUUUUGUGGCUGCCACGCUCACCAACUUAUCGUCAUUGGUGAGUUUUUUUGUAUAUAUGUCUCGCUUUUUGUCACCAAUGCAUUUGGAACACGAGAAUCUUUCUUUUGACGAUGAACGGAUACUUGUAAAUCUUCUCACAGAGUUGGAUAUUGUGAAGUAUCAGGCGCUGAAAUCGGCUUUGGAAAAAAGACGGUCAAAUGCGGUCACGAAAGCUAUCCUGCUUUGA